CUGGAACGGCUGUGGCAGAGGAUAUAGGAGAGCCCAGGAAAGGACUGUUGCGGACACCCCACCUCCUCCCAUAACCUGGAACUGGCCCCGCUCCAAACUACUUGUAAACAACUGAUGACCACAGGUUUACUUAAGAGAAAAUGGGCUGUGCACCACAGAAUGAAGGAGCCAACGAAAGGCUAGAGGUGAGAAAAGAACGCAUGACAGGCUCUUUGCAGAACACCCUCCCAGACUGCCUGAAGGGACAAGGUGGCAGAGGCUCAAGGGGUCCGUGCAGGGAGCCAGAUUCCGCGAGAACACGGAACUCUCAGGGAUGGGAGGUGCGCGUGCCCUCGUCACCUAGCAACAAAUGCUUGGCUGUGGUCCAGGAAGUCAUGGAACGCUGGGCAAGCCUCGCUGGUAGUGAACAGCAGCAGCAGCGGCGGCGGCGGUUCACCAUGACCGAUCUCAAACACCAGGCUGCGGAGUAUUACCGGAGCAACGAAGUGCCUCAGCGUCUGGAGGAGGUGCUCAACGCCAUGUUCUACCUACGCCCUGAGGACUUCUACGGGCAUUUGGCAAACUAUUUCUCUGAAUUAUCAAAGCCUCCAGUGAUCUGCAAAUUAGUUGGUAAAAGAGUGCUGGAUGGAACUGGUCACCCAAUAUUAGAAGUGGAAUUGUCUUGCCGGGUUAAGAACCAUGACAAGAGCAUUUGUUCCAGCAUGAUCUGUUCUCAUGCUGAAAUUCUUGAAAAUGCAUCUUCAGAGGCAGUUGAUGCUGAUGAAAGGCAAAGAUAUGAAUCUAUAAAUACAGCAAUUGAAUGGAUAAAUGAAUCACUGAAUGAAAUGCUCAGAGGCCUUCAACCUACUGACCAACACAAAGUUGAUGAGCUGCUAUGUGAAUAUUUUACAAAGAAAGCAGAAGAAGAUAAAGAAAGAUGGGAAACUGAAAAAGAAAGAGAAACCCUGGAAACAGCUGUUACUCCUUCUCCACCACAUACAGCACCUCCUGGAAAAAAGAAAUCACUCAAACCAGGGAAGAAGGCUUCUUUUAUGGAGAAGCUAAUUCCACCACUGGAACCCAUUGAACCUGUAGUGAAGGGCAGCAUGGCUAUUGGAUGUAUAUCACUUGCUGUUGCAAAAGCUGCUGCGAUGAUCAGAGACAUACCUUUGUACUUACAUAUUGCUUCACUGAAACACAAUGAGGAUUUCCCCAAGGAGCUGGCUAUGCCACUGCCAAUGGUAACAGUACUGAGCUGUGGAAAAUCAUCACCUGGGAAACUGAAUCUCAUGAAAGAAGUGAUGCUUAUUCCUCCUGCUUGGUUAACAGUUAAACAAGGUAUAGAACGAUGUCUGGAUGUUCAGAAAGAAAUGUUGAAGCUGAUUGAAUCAUUGUGUAAAGCGGCUAGUGCUGUGGCAGAGAGUAAAAAGGCAACUGCAAAAGAUGCAGGGAAAAAAGCUCCGGUACCUGUUUUAAAAAAAAUGUCUCCCUUAGGCUGCCUUUUAUUGGGGAACGAAAGUUUAGAACAACCUCUGACCUUGAUCCAUACGGCUUGUGCACAUCUUUCUUUGGAGUUAGGAAUAGAUAUGCACUUGGGAAUAAACUGUGCUGCUCAUGAAUUAAUGGACUAUAAUAAGGGAAAAUAUGAAAUCCUGCUUGGAACAUUUAAGAGCCCUGAUGAAAUGGUGGAUAUGUAUGUGGACCUGAUUCAUAAAUUCCCCUACGUUAUAGCAUUAAUAGAUCCAUUGAGGAAAGAGGACGCCCAGCAGUGGACUGAGUUGUGUAAUACUCUGGGUUCGAAAUGUUACCUUAUUGCAGAAAACUCAUGCAGGAAUGUGUCUAAACUUCUGGAGGACCAAAAUAGAAAUGCACCAAAAUGCAGUGGCUUUGUUGUAAAAUAUACAAAUGAAACUAAAAUUUCCGAUCUUCUAGAAAUGACCCAGCAUUUAGGUGGUUUAAGGCGAAUUCCUAUAUUAGGAAGUCCAGAUGGAGAGUCUUCUGAUGACAGUCUUGUGGACUUGGCUGUUGGACUGGGAACCAGAUUUAUGAAGUUGGGAGGUCUUUCGCGCGGAGAAAGAGUAACCAAAUACAACCGCCUUCUUGCAAUAGAAGAACUACUAGCCAAGAAUGGAAGACUGUGUGAAAGAGAAGAGCAUGAAUUUGUUGACUUUACUGAAGAAGAAGAGGAAGACGAUGAUGAAGAAUUUGAUUACAGUGAUCUUACUGUGGAGUCAGUGCAUCCUGUCCUAUAAAAAGCAAUACUUCAGAUUUGGCAUGUGUUGGUACAGCUGAAUUCGCCAUCUGAGAGCACAGAUGGAGAAUUCCUCAGACCACCAAAAUAGGGCAGCAACAAAUCUUUGUCUCAUCAUCUUGGACAUACAUGUAUUUAUUUAAAACAUUUAUAUUCCACCUGCUACUCAGUCUCCAAAGUAGUUCAGUAGGAAUUUGCUACAAGAUACUAGAAAUAACUAGUUAUUGUGCUAAAAGGAUGUGAGUGCACUCAAAAAAUUUUUGUCUAGGAGAAAAAACCCAUUUAUAGUAGAAUACUGUGAAAGGUGCCUGUUUUAACAAUCUGAUGUUCAUGUAUUAAUGCAAUUAUUAAAAAUAUUAGCCAUUGCUUUAUGUAGGGGUUAUUUAUUCAAAGUAAGUUAGCACCAUAAAAUAAAUAGUUGUUUUAGGCAGCAAUUUGUUAUUUGAGUUACAGGGAUAGUCAGGAUUUCAGGGAUAAUUUUUUAAAAGCUCUCUGAUCUACAGAGUCUCCAUUUUGUUAAUAAAAGCAGUCAACUGUA